AGGACACAAGCAAUGUCUGUAUGCGUGUAGCGUAUGGUUUUUGUGCAGUAAAGUCAUAUGCAAUAAGUCUUGUUAUUUUUACGUUUUUUCGGUAUUAAAGGCAGUUAAAUACUUGAAUUUUUAAGGACUUUGUUAUUUAAAAAAAGGAAUAUCGAACUUUCGUCAAUGUAUUACGUGACAGUUUGAUAGGCUUAAAGAGUUUAAAUUACACUUUAAAUCUUGAUUGUUAUCUUUAUUUCUUUUCACUGUUUAAAAAGGUUUUGACAGAAAACUUUUAGUUAGAAGAAGCAAGGACGAUGUGGCAUAAAGUUGUGCAGUAUAAAACAUAAAUUAGCCCCGGUCUCAUUUUGGUAGAACUCAUGAGCAGAACAGCCUCUGUAAAUAGGAAUCAUCCUAAGUCAUACGACUACCUUCUAAAGUUUUUGCUUGUUGGAGAUAGUGAUGUGGGAAAGCAAGAGAUACUUAGUGGACUUGAAGAUGGCUCUCAGGAGUCGCCAUUUUGUGGCUCUUCUGGUGUUGCUUAUAAAACAACCACAAUUCUCCUGGAUGGAAAACGUAUAAAGCUUCAGUUAUGGGAAUCAUCUGGUCAAGGUAGAUUCUCCACAAUUAUUAGAUCAUAUUCCAGGGGAGCACAGGGUAUAAUUCUUGUGUAUGAUAUUACAAACAAGUGGUCAUUUGAUGGCAUUGAUAGAUGGUUACAAGAAGUUGAAGAGCAUGCUCCAGGUAUUCCAAAGAUUUUAAUUGGCAAUAGGUUACACUUAGCAUUCAAAAGACAAGUCAGUGAAGGUACUGCUGAAUCUUAUGCAAGAAAAAAUAGUAUGGUCUUCUUUGAAGUCAGUCCCCUUUGCAACUAUAACAUUACGGAAUCAUUCGUUGAACUCUCACGGAUGGCACUGUUAAGGAAUGGCAUGGAAAGACUAUGGAGGAGCAACAGAGUGCUAUCUCUCCAAGAGCUUUGUUGCCGUGCCAUUGUGGCCAGGACGACAGUCUACAGUAUUGAGCAGCUUCCUCUCCCCCACUCUCUCAAGUCUUGCCUGAAAUCAUACUCAAUGACGACAUACAAAUCGCGCCCUCAUAUUCCGGCCACAAGGGACAAGUCAUUAAAGAAAACAAAGCAGCUUCAUCAUCCUUGUGACUCAUUAACAUCACAGUGCAGGAAAAGUUGCUCCAUAUCCUAGCCAAGUAUCAAAUUGCUCAUUUUAAAAUGUGUAACCAUUUUGCCAACUUUUUUCUAGACUGUUUAUCGAAGCAUAUCUCCUUUCCAACAAAUUGAAUAACAUGUGAUUUGUAAUUUAGUCGGCAGUUCUGCAACUUUUUUAUAUCUGCAGUCGAAACUAUCAAUGUUUGUAUUAUAAGGAAGUAGGAUAUUGCCAUGAUGUCUGUGUGUGAUCAAAUUGUAUAAAUGCUACCAUGUAUGUUGUAAAAUUUGUGAUGUCAAAUUGUAUAGUAAGGAUAUUUUAAAUUAAAAUAUA